CCGGCCGGCCCGCGCCUCCCGACCUCCGACGGAGCAGCAGGGGCGGGCACUCUUACCUCUGGGCUGUGCUUGCGGUCGGUAGCGAGGCAGGGAGCAUUAAUCCAGUGGAAAGCCGGGAAGGGCUUUCCAGGCGAGCGCCUCAGGCUGUGGCAGGCCUGGCUGGGCCUGGAUCUGGCCCUCUCGUGCAAGAGUAUGUCUGCUUUCAACAGACACAGCUGGAGACUGUAGGAAGACACAUGCCAAAGCGAGUCUCAAUCCCCUGAGACACCUGCAAGAGGCAGAACACUGCAUGGCAAAGCAGCACUUGCCACAGGCACACCACUGGGUUCCUCUGGCAAGACUCUUCAGCAGCUUGCGGGGAAGAGUUUUAUCCCAGUCAGACAGCUGUGCCUCGAAGUAUCAGGUUUUGCGUAAGGCUAAGACAUCUAUCCAGAAGCUGGAGCAAACCUUGUGUUCUUUGCUGAAGAUGAAAGCCAGCUGCAGUCUGGAGGAUGGGAGCCCAUCCAGCUUGGAGGAAGUCAGGGAGGAAUAUGUCAGGAGGCAAUUCGGCAGUCAGAGCACUACAUCAGCCUCAGAAGAUAUGAGUGAAAGUGACUCUGCCAUCUGGUAUUUGCUUCAAGAAUGUGAAAAACAAACACUGGAAGAAUAUGAGAAGCCAGAAUUGAUCCAGUUUUCAGACACUUUAUCCCCAGAUCUAGUGGAAUUUGAACGAUACCUGUAUUUUUAUAAGCACACAGUGGACCUGCUGGUAGAGCAUGGAAUUGUUUGCACCGGAGAGGUGCCUCUUCCUGAGGUCUCCACAGCUAUUUCCCAUCUCUGGCAAGAGCUUUCUGAAGAGAGCAGGGACAGCAUCUUGCAGUACUGUAGCCAGAGAGAUUUCCUCAUGGAUCCCAAGGCUGCUCGCCCAGAGCCUGCUUGCACUGAAGGUAGUGUGAGGGACAGCGGAGGUAACAGUGAGGAAGCCAGUGGUUCCUCAGUCUCCACACCAGAGGAAGUGAUGUUUGAAGAUGCAUUUGAUGUUGCUGCUGGUUUCCUUGACAGAAGCAAGGCUCAGGGAUUGUCCAGCCAGAGUUCAGCAUUUGCAAGCUGCACUUCUGAAAAUCCAGAGGAUCACCAGAGACUCUAUGUGCAGGUCACUGACUUCCUAAAACACCUCUUCUUCACUAAUACACAGUUUUGCCAGGAAGAAGAUCUUCACUAUGAUCAUGAGACCGUGAUGCUGCGGUGCACGGAGACCUUCGAUGAUGAAGAUUUCUAAGCAGUGUCUCCAGCAAUGUUUUGCCAAGCCCUGCCA